AUGUACCUCCAAAUGCUACCCGUCACCGCCGUCGUGGGCGGCGAAGAGUGGGAAUGGCUGCACAACAUCUGGCUUUCCAUCUGGACGUGGCUCCGCAAUGCCACAUUUCAUGUCUGGGCCUGGAUGCAGCGCGCUUGGGCCAACAGCCUCGCCUGGCUGAAGGAACAUGUGCCGGCGCUGCUCGAGUUGUGGGGCGUCGUUACACAACCACUCAACGACAACCCGGCGGUAACGCUGCUCGUCUCCGGCGCUAUAUUCCUCGGCCCCCAGGUGCUCCUCUUGCCCAUCUUCCUUGUCCAGCUGCUGUUCUACGGUAUCCUGACUCUCUUCGGCUUCGGGUUGCACGGCAUCGUGAGAGGCUCUCCGGCUGCAGCAUACCAAUCCCUCGCGUACGGCGGCAACACCCCCGCUGGGUCCCUCUUUGCCAUAUUCCAGUCCAUCGGCAUGAAGUACAAUGCGGUCACCUUGAGCAGCUGGGUCUUCGCAAGCGUCCGGCUCCUGGCGGGUGCGGUUUUCGUGUACAUGCUGUAUGUCGUAUUGCAUUGA